AUGGAUACUAGUGCUGUAAAAUCUGAACUGAUCAGCUCCGGGAGGCGUCCGUUGUGCACGAUAGAAGUUGACGCUUUGGUGAGCAAGUGCGUCAAAAGGAGGCGCCGCGAUUCGUCUGCUGUUGCUACAGCAACUGCUCCAGGAAACAGUGAUCAGCAAGGUGAUCAAAGACUAAAGCAGCAGGCUCAGGCUGAUCAAUCUCCUACUAGUACUACCACGACGACAACUGUGAAGAGAAGUUCCAGAUUUCGUGGAGUCAGCCGGCAUCGAUGGACAGGAAGAUAUGAAGCUCAUUUAUGGGAUAAGGGGUCUUGGAACCCAACACAAAGGAAGAAGGGAAAGCAAGUUUAUUUGGGGGCUUAUGAUGAAGAAGAAUCUGCUGCAAGAGCCUAUGAUUUGGCAGCACUCAAGUAUUGGGGAACAUCAACCUUCACAAAUUUUCCGGUGCCUGAUUAUGAGAGUGAAAUUGAGAUAAUGAACACCUUAACAAAAGAAGAAUAUUUAGCCUCUCUGAGAAGAAGGAGCAGUGGCUUUUCAAGAGGUGUAUCCAAAUAUAGAGGAGUUGCAAGGCACCAUCACAAUGGGAGAUGGGAAGCAAGGAUAGGGAGAGUUUUCGGAAACAAGUACCUCUACCUCGGCACUUAUGGUACCCAGGAAGAGGCUGCUCAUGCUUAUGAUAUUGCAGCGAUAGAAUACAGAGGCAUAAACGCAGUGACCAACUUUGACUUGAGCACAUACAUCAGAUGGCUGAGGCCAGGAGCCAACUCUCUUGACCCUCAGGAACCGAAAUCGAAUCCAGAUCAGCCUCUCCCCAUGCCAACUUCCUCAAAUGGCGUCCCUCUGAGAAAGGAAGGACGACAGAUGUCCAUGUUCCAACCCAACUCCUUCGCCGUAGAUGACAUAGACGCCUCAAAAAAUCGCGACAUUUUCCCAAGGCAGCAGCAGCCUCCUAUGCCCGUUAGCCCCUGCCCCAAGUCAUCACCUUCCCCAACAGCACUUGGCCUCCUCCUUCAAUCCUCAAUAUUUAAAGAGCUGGUGGAAAAGAAUUUAAAUGGAGAUAAUGAAGAGAGUGAGAAGAAUGAUUCAAACCUUCUUCCGGAACAGAACAACAGCGACAAUAUUAAGCAGAUUUUGUACGAAGAAAUGCGAAAUAAUCCCUUUACGUGUCCUUCAAACAACGACGUUUUGCCCGCAUUAGAGUCACAGGAGGAGAGCCUGCUGCCCUUGUGCAACUCCAGGGACCAACCCCUUUGGAAUGGUGCCUUAAACAUGUUUACUUCCCCGGACUUCAACUAAUUUAACUUUAGUUUUAGUUAAAUCACUCGUAAAACUCCAGCUAGAUCGUUUCGGUUUCGCUUCUUCUGACUGUAAGAGGGAGUUGGUGUUAAUAAAUCCCUGGAUUUUUCCAUACGAUGCAGAGCCACUGGGAAUAUAAAGAAAUAACAAGGGAUAUCAGUCUUAGUGGUUUACUUUGAUCUGUAAGAUAGGGUUUGGGUUAAAUAUUACUCCACCAUGAACAUUAAAGAUAAA